CCCUAUGACUGUGCGAAAAGGAAAACGUUUAGGCAUCUCCAUCCAGGAGCACAUGGCCAUCGACGUGUGCCCGGGUCCAAUCCGCCCCAUCCGCCAAAUCUCUGCCUACUUCCCUCGCCUUUCGCCCACUUCCUCCUUCUCCGAGCCACUUUCGCCCAAUCAGCUGGCAGCUCCUACCGCACUCAGCCCUGGCACCGCCAAAGGAGGAAGAGGAGGAGGGAGCAGCAGCCUAUUGUCACCGCUGUUACCAGGGGCGGCGGGCGGAGGGGGCUCACUGUCAGCCAUGAGCAGCAUGGACACCUCCAUCGAGAUCGACAGCUGUGACAGCGAUGAUAACACCUCCUUGGGGACGUUAGAGUUUGACCUCCUGUACGAGAGAGCCACCAGCUCCUUACACUGCACAGUCAUGAAAGCAAAGGGUCUGAAACCGAUGGAUUUCAACGGUUUGGCUGAUCCUUAUGUCAAGCUUCAUCUGCUGCCGGGAGCCUGCAAGGCCAAUAAACUGAAAACCAAGACGGUUCGCAACACGCUGAACCCUGUGUGGAACGAGACGCUCACCUACUGUGGAAUCACAGAGGAAGACAUGUACCGCAAAACACUCCGGGUGUCGGUGUGCGACGAAGACAAGCUGACACAUAAUGAGUUCAUCGGGGAGUCGCGGGUGGCCCUGCGUCGCGUGAAGCCUGACCAGACUAAACACUUCAACAUCUGUCUGGAGCAUCCACCCCCUCUGCCUUCACCGACUGCGAUGAGCACAGCUCUUAGAGGGAUCUCCUGCUACCUGAGAGAGUGGGAGACCGAGCAGCAGAGAAGUCUAGAGGAGAGAGGCCGUUUGCUGCUCUGCCUGCAGUACUUCCCCCCGGCCAGUGAUGGCGACGUGAAGGGCGAGGCCAAGGAGAGGGCUCGUGGCGGGCUGUGUGUGGGCGUCAAACGCUGCGCCCACCUGGCAGCCAUGGACGUCAACGGAUACUCAGACCCCUAUGUCAAAACGUACCUCAAGCCAGACGUCCAGAAGAAAUCCAAGCACAAAACAGCAGUGAUAAAAAAGACUCUCAACCCGGAGUUUAAUGAGGAGUUCUUCUAUGAAAUCACAUUCUCAGAGUUGGCCACCAAGACACUGGAGGUCACAGUGUGGGACUACGACCUGGGAAAGUCCAAUGACUUCAUAGGCGGUGUAUCCUUAGGGUGUCACUCACAAGGAGAAACUCUGCAGCACUGGAUAGACUGUCUGAAGAACAAGGGCACGAAGGUGGAGCGCUGGCACACGCUGACCAACGAGCUGCCUGGAUCCACACUGCAGGAAUGAACUGAUCCUCUUCCACUGCACUCACACCGGAGAGACUGCCUGGCAAGAGACAUCUCAUCGCAUGCUCUGAAGAUUUUCUGCAUGACUAUGAGGGAUUCAUAUCCUCCUUACUUUGUGUCAUAAGUGAGAUCAUAAUUCAUUCCACAGGGGGUCAAACUCAGAGAUCAAUAUUCAGAUCUAAAUAGACCUGAUGCAAAUCUAGGGAAACCGUCCACAACGCAAAGCAUGAGAAUUUUCAUAAUCAUAUUCAUAGGAAUCGGCCCCUUUUGUGCAUUCAAUGUCAAUCUAAAUGCCCCUCGGUGCUCAUCCAAUCUGGUCAGAUCUCAAUCUACAAGACAAAUUUAAAUCGUGCAAGAAAAUUAAAUGAGGGACAAAUCUGAAUUCUGCAGUUCAACUCACAUGCCAGGUCUAUUUGCUGUUUUUACGGCCUGUCAUUUAUUAUUAUUAUUAUUAAUAACUGCUGACAUCAAAACGCCACCAUUAGGACCAUCCAUCUCACAGCACACAUACCUCUCCCUUGCAAUAAUGUUUUGCCUAAUGCUUCCGAAGACCUGGUCUUAAUUCUAUCGUACAUUUUGUAUUGCCAUGGGAUUGCCUGCAGAAAACAGGAGAGACAACUGGUUCUUCUAUGUCGAUGGCUCGUGUCAGUUAUUUGCAUGUUUGGUGUUGAUGGAACAAAUAUGUGCCAGGCUCUGCUGCAGGAUGUUCAUCAUUGUGUUGUUCUCAAUUCUCCUGAGGUGUGUUGCUC